UGCUGAACGGAGCCGAGAUACCUUUACAGGGUGUGAGAUCUCUGCUGGAAAACACACGACGGGAAGAUUUGAAGCAGUCAAGAGAAGGGACAGGAACUCGGUGAGUCUUGUUUUUGAGAGACAUUUAGAUACAAAGACAGAUGGCUGAGAACACUGAUCUUGUUGAAAGUUACCUGAACUGCCAUGUGUGUUCAGAGACUUUCAGAGAUCCUGUGUCUCUGAGCUGCAACCACAGCUUCUGUUCAAGCUGCCUGCACACAUUCUGGGAACAAGCUAACAACAAAAACUGUCCCAUUUGUAAAAGAAAAUCCUCAAAAGAGAUUAUUGGGGUGAACUUUACACUGAAUGAACUGGCUGACAACCUUGGGUACCCUGGGGAACAGAAAUCUGAAUCAUCUGAGACAGGAAAAGAAAAGAAGAAGGUGGAGGUGGUGUGUGAUGAACAUCCAGAAGUCCCUUAUUUGUUCUGUAAGGAUGAAGAUAGAGUUGUGUGUCCUGUCUGUGAGUUUUCUCUCCACCACGGUCACACUGUGAUUCCUGUAGAACAAGUAGUCAGAGAUCUGAAGGAGCAGCUGAAAUCUGACUUACAGUCUCUGCAGGACAAGAGGGACAAACACAGACGAGUGGAGGAAACAUACGAUGAAAUAACUCCACACUCCAAGAAGCAGCUGCUGUCUACAGAGAGACAGAUCAGAGCUGAGUUCAACAAGCUGCACCAGUUCCUGAAAGAGGAAGAGGAGUCCAGACUGGCAGCUCUGAGGGAGGAAGAGCAGCAGAUGGGGAAGAGGAUUCAGGAGCAGAUCUCCUCUCUGUCAGACAGCAUCUCUGCUGUGGAAGCAGACCUGCAGAAAGACAGCGUGCCGUUCCUCAGCAGUUAUAAAGCCUCUCAGAGCAGAGCCAGAGUCCAGUGCUCGCUGUCAGAUCCACAGCUGCUCUCAGGAGCACUGACAGAUGUGGCCAAACAUCUGGGCAACCUGUCCUUCAGAGUUUGGGAGAAGAUGAAGGACAAAGUCCACUUCUGUCCCGUCAUUCUGGACCCAAACACUGCACACUCCCUUCUCUGUCUGUCUGAUGAUCUGACCAGUGUGAGAUGGGGAGACACAAACCAGAAGCUUCCAGAUAAUCCAGAGAGAUACAGCAGGUAUGCCUCUGUUCUGGGCUCUGAGGGUUUCAGCUCAGGGAAACACAGCUGGGAGGUGGAGGUGGGAGAUUAUCCUAACUGGAAUGUGGGUUUAGCCAAAGAGUCAGCUGACAGGAAGGGAGAAAUACAUGCUUCACCAGAAUAUGGACUCUGGUGUUUAGUACAUCACAGUGGAAAAUACAAUGAUGGAUCUAAGAGUGUCAAAGUGAAGAAGAGUCUCCAGAGGAUCAGAGUCCAGCUGGAUUAUGAGGGAGGGGAGGUGUCCUUCUACAACGCUGAAGACAUGACUCACAUCUCCACUCUCAGAGACACUUUCACUGAGAAACUCUUCCCUUGGUUUAGUAUCGGACCAGCUGGCGAUGCUAAAACUGCAGAAAUCAAAAUCUGUCCAGCUGAGAUUUCUCUGCGAGGUUCAGAGAACUCAGAGACGGUGGAGAGAGGAGAGACGAUGGGUAAGGUAUAGGGUGAGUGUUAAUGUUGUUAAACCAUGCAUGUAUGAAAUCAAUCACUGAAAACUGGAGUUUUUCCAGAUAACAUGAAAAUGGCAAAGGCUAUACCAAUAUGCAAGGCUGGUGAAAAACCAUACACUUUGAAAAUACAGACCUGUUUCACUGCUCUCCCAGUUCUCCAAAAUACUAGAAAAAAUAUUCUCUACAAGGCUCGACAACUUCAUUACUAAACACAAUAUACUGUGUGAUCAGCAAUAUGGUUUCAGGGCUAAUAGGACAACUUAAUGUGCACUUACAAUGUGUAGAAGAAAUAACAACUGCAAUAGAACAAAAAAAAUAUGCAGUGGGGAUAUUAUUGGAUUUUAAGAAGGUAUUUGAUACAGUAGACCACAAUUUAUUGAUCAUUAAAUUACACAAAUAUGGAAUUAGGGGGACUGCACUUUCUUGGUUAAAUAGCUACUUACAUAAUCAAAAUAUGUUGAUUGUAAAACCUUAAAUCAAAGUUAAAGAAAAUCACCUGUGGGGUCCCCAGGGGUCAGUGUUGGGACCAUUGUUGUUUAACUUGUAUAUAAAUAAUGUAUGGGAGGUGUCAAAAACACUGAAAACCAUUUUAUUUGCUGAUGACACUAAUUUAAUCUGUUCUGGGGGAAAUCUGGAACAACUCUUGGAUACAGUGGAAAAUGAAUUUAAAAAGAUGAAGAGCUGGUUUGAUGCAAAUAAACUAACACUGAACUUAAAGGUGCACUAUGAGUUCAUGCACGGUCAAUUCUGUUGACGUUCUAAGUAAAUUCCAAACAAAACAGAGCAAGCUCGCCCCUCCCCCCAUGUUUUCUGUAACUGUCAUGACUAACUGACUAACUGUCACUAACCCCCACCCCCUCCCACAACAAUCUUGUCAGUGAUUGGCUAUAACGUGGUUUGUUGUAUUUUGGUGCACAGCCUGUGCCCCUAGUGUUUGUUUGACGUUUACGACCCCUGUGUUGUCUCCCGAGACCGGGCUUUUUCACGGUGUGUUCAGGGGGCAGGCAGCUAGCAGAUCAAGGAGAGGUGACUACGAUUUGAGACAAAAAUUUAAUCGCGCUUAAACCAUGCAGGAAGUCAUAGUGCACCUUUAACAAAAUUUAUAAUUUUUGGCAAUUGUAGAAAUAUAAGACGGGUUCAAAUGUAGUGGAGCAAAAGUGCUCCUCAUUUGUUUAAUAAACAAUUGGAACAGAAUGCACCUAAUAAAACCUCUUAAAGGAACAGACAAUCUUUUGGCCAAUCUUUUUUGAACUUUUUGGCCGGACAUUACAUACCCGGACUUCUCUCCUGAUCCAAAUGUUGGCCAAAAUUAAAGGUAAGAGAAUGCCUGUUUUGUCUUUAAUAAGACAAAAAUUCUCACAUUCGGACCUCAAAACUAAAUUUCUUUUGGAUCUGUGAGGGUAAGACAUCUUGGGUUUUAAUUAAUAAUUGGGCUAACCAGUACUGUAAGUGAUAUUGCACGCAGAGCCAGACGCAACGAGGUAGGAGUGUCGCCUGGUAAAAACUGGACAUCUCGAGUGAGGAGUGUUGUCUAAGAAUAACAGACACUUGAGAAGUGUUGUCUGUGAUUGAAUAAGAAUAACAGACACUUGAGAAGUGUUGCCUAUGAUUGAAUAAAAGUAACACAGACACCAGUCUGUGAUUACAAAGUAAAGACACCUCGCGUAGGGAGAGCUGUCAAAAUUUGAACCGGUCAAAAUUGUUGGUAUUACUGCAUGUGAAUACAUGCAGUGCUGUGUUCUACUGGAAAACUGGGUUUCGAGAUAUGGUCUAAGAGCGACAACUGUUGGAGAAUUGGUGUAAGAUAAAAAAUCAGAAGUGCGUAAAGUAAAUUGGGGACAUGCAGUAAAAGAUAAAAAAUAAAAAUACAAAAGUGACCUUGCAUGGGGCCUUGCCCAUAGCGAUCCAGUCUCGAAAACCCAGGUGAAAACCAGCGCAUUAAUGUAGUUGGUGUGAUAACUUUUAUGUGUGCAAAGAUUAAUGUAGUUGGUGUGUUGAACGAGAGUAUGUGAAAAUCCAAAAUACAAUUAAAAACUGUACUCCUGCUUGUUGAAAUAUUCUUGCUUUUUGAAAUGUAUCUGUAUUAAUCCAAAAAAACAGCCAAACCUACACUUCUGCUUUUGACAUGUUCUAGCUCAAGAACAGUUGAGACUGUAUUUCUGCUUGUGACAUGAGUCAUCCAAAACAGCUAAAUAUAUAUUUCUGCUUUUGAAACUAUCAUACUGCUUUUGAUUUUAGCUUGUGGGUGUUAAUGUGCCUUUAGAAAUAUAACCAUGCUAAGUUUCUGUGUUACUGAUAUUACUAUAAACAUGCUUGGAUACAUUUUAGUGUGAGUUACUGUGUGAAGCUGCCUAUUUGAUCCCGCAGUCGUGAAGAGGAAGUGUUUGCAAGAGGCUUCAGAUGCAUGAGUUGUUUUGUGCAACUGUCUGUCUAAACCUGCACAGCUGGAAAGAGGAAGUGCUGUUGGGGCCCUGUAUACAUGCACUUGGGAGUUAGGCUCUUGAUGCACAGAGGGGUGAAAGAGGUUACUGCAUUGACCUAGUGAUGAACCGUUCCAUUAGAUUGUAUGUUAGAUAGCAAAAUGCAUAUGCAUGUAGGAAAUAUCGUCAUAUGAGAUUUUUUACGUUUAUCCAACCUGAUGCUUGCUUUAAGACUGUAUUACCAUGUAAGGUCAUAUAAAGUGGUUGAACACCCCCAAGCUGCAUCUAUGAAGGGAGGGGGAUGAAUUGUGUAUAAAAA